CGUUUCUCGGUUUGGGAGCCUCCAAGGAAGAAGACCCGUCGGGGGUUAGUUUAAGGGAGGGCGCUCCCGAUUGUGGCCGCCUCCGUGGAACCCGAUCGGGGCGGGGAAGCCAAGCCAAGCCUCUUCUUGCUGCUCCUCCUCCUGGGAAAGGCGAGCGCCGCCCCCUCUCCUCGCCCGUCCUGCCUCCCGGAAGGCUUGGCUCCGGGGCUGGGAAGGAGCCGAGCAGCCACCGCCUGGACAUGGCUGCAGCCUGCAAGAAGAUCGCCAUCUUCGGCGCCACCGGCAUGACCGGCUUGGCUACCUUGGCGCAAGCCAUCGAGGCCGGUUACCAAGUGACAGUGCUGGUGCGGGACCCCAUUAGACUGCCCCCAGAGCUCCAGCCGGCACAGGUGGUAGUCGGUGAUGUCCUGAACCUGUCAGAUGUAAACCGGACUGUCAAAGGCCAGGAUGGUGUGAUUGUGAUCCUCGGCACCCGGAAUGACCUCAGUCCCACCACUAUGAUGUCUGAAGGCACCCGGAACAUCGUGACCGCCAUGAAAUCCCAUGGCAUCCGCAAAGUGGUGGUGUGUCUGUCAGCCUUCCUCAUGUGGGAUUUGGACAAGGUCCCUGCCAAGCUGCGGCCAGUGACGGAAGACCACAUCCGGAUGCAGCAGAUCCUGAAAGAGUCGGGGCUGGACUGCGUCUACGUCAUGCCGCCCCACAUUGCAGGUGACCAGCCGCUCACCGGGGACUAUACAGUGACAGUAGACACUUCAGGUGGAUCCAGAGUCAUCUCCAAACACGACCUCGGGCACUUCUUCCUCAAGUGCCUCACCACUUCGGAGUAUGAUGGGAAGAACGUCUACCUCUCCCGGCAUUACCCCAAGGAGUGAUGCCUCCUGUCCUGCCCUUUUUCUCCUUCUUCCCUCUUCCAGGAUGGAGGCUGAAGGCUCCCCCGGCUCCUGUUGACAAAGGGAAACUCAAUCGCUUUGCUGUCCUCUCCCUUGAUACUGUCUCUCUGCCUUUUGUGCUCUCCAGUGCCUUUCUCCUGUGUGAACCCUGGAAGGGGAGAUGUACCCUACAAGUGUCAGGAAAUCACGUGGCCACCAAUGCAUGCCAACAUCUUUCUGAAUUAAGGGUAGAAGGGGGAAUGGGACCUCAUAUGUCACACUUCUGCCCCGCGCGUGCUUUGUGCGGUGAUGUUGAGCUAUAGCUUACUGUCAAGGAAAAAUUAGACGUGUUAUAUGUUCUGAGUUUGAGGCCUGAGUAAACAAGACAUUGGGUUGCUGUGAGUUUUUCGGGCUGUAUGGCCAUGUUCCAGCAGCAUUCUCUCCUAACAUUUCGCCUGCAUCUGUGGCGGGCAUCUUCAGAGGUUCUGUUGGUAUAUACCUGUGGAAUGUCCAGAGUGGGAGAAAGAAUCCUUAUCUGUUGAAGCAGGUAUGAAUGUUGCAAUUAGCAAGCUUAAAUUAGCAUUUGAGUAACCAUGGAGUUUGCAAAGUCAAUCAGUGAGGGUAUCUGCAUAGAGGUAGCCCGGCCUUUGUUGCCUGGAGGCAUCCUCUGUUUGGGAGGUGUUCUCUGUUUGGGAGGUGUUCUUUCUGAAGAUGCCAGCCACAGAUGCAGGUGAAAUGUUAGGAGAGAAUGCUGCUGGAAUGUGGCCCGAAAAACUCAUAGCAACGCAGUGAUUCCAGCCAUGAAAGCCUUCAACAAAUAAGGCAUUGCUUUGUCAUGCACAAAUGUAGUUUUUAGACUUACGCAGUCCUAAAAAGGCAGAACAGUAACCACAAAAUGCCCGAGGGUACAUCUACACUGUAGAAAUAAUGCAGUUUGAUGUCACUUAUGUUAUGGAAUACUGGGAUUUAUUGUUUGAUGAGGCACCAAUUUUCUCUGAAAAGGACUAUGUCAACUAUAACUCCCAGGAUGCUAUAGAAGUUAAAGUGGUGUCAAACUGCACUAACACUACAGGUCCAGAUGCACCUCAAGACUCGCCAAUCAAAAAAGCGACAUUGUGAGACAUUCCUUAGCUGGAAAGCAAAUAACAAUUGCAUUUUUAAAGUUUACCCACCAGGGCAAAGUGCUCAAGUUUGUUUUGGACUGGAAACUGCAAGAUAUAUUUUCAUUCAUGUUAACCGGCUACCUUUUUUUCUGUUUAGCGGCCAAGAGAUCUUGUUCCAUCUUCACUGCUGAGAAAGUCUGUGUAACUUGAAAGCAUACAUCCUGAUAAGUCGUUGAUUGAAUAAAAAAAGUAUAUUUUGACCUA